AUGAGCCACUACUCAUACGACGAGGAUGACCUGGAUGUCCACAUCCGCCGCCGCCACUCGCCGGAGCCUGUGCGAUAUGUCAGCACGGCGCCGCGACAAUACUACCCUCCGUCGUACCUUGUACCCGAUCAGGGCAUGCGCGUUGUUGCGCGCAGCCGCUCUCGUGAGCGAAACAGUCCACCGCAACCCGCUGGCCCAGUCAUUAUCCAGAACAAAAUCUACAAUGACAUGUCUUCUGACGAUGAGUAUGAGCCAUCUCGGCGACGCCGACCUCGCCGUCGCAGCUCAUACUCCCGCUCCCGCUCCCGCUCGCGAAGCCGAUACAUGACCAAAGAGGACUGGCAGCUUGAACUGGACCGCCGUGAGAUAGAGAGGCUUCGCAUCGAACAAGCGAAGGAGAAAGAACAUCGACGCGCCAGUAAGGAACGUCAGGACGACGAGGAGCUACGCCGAGCCAAGGAGGAGCUGGACGUCAUCAAGCGUCGAGAGGCGCAGGCUGAAGAAGAAAAACGUAUCAAGCGCGAGAUAGAACUCAAGCGCCUGCGCGACGAGGAGCGCGCUGCCGCAGAGAAGGGCAUUCGGGACAAGGAGGCCAAGGCUGCUGUUGAAAAGUAUAAAAAGGAAGAGGCAGAGCGAAGGGAAAGGGAAGAGAGGGAAAAAAAGGCCGCCGACAAGGAAUAUCAGAGGCGUCUGCAGGAACAGCUUCUCUCUUCCGGACUGGAUGAAGAGGCCAUCAAUGCCAUCCUCAAGAAGCAAAAAGUUCCAGAAGCCAGGAAUGAGCGUGCAACAUACACUCGCAUGCCGCGUAAGCAUUUGUCCAUUGAGACGCUGAGAACAUUCAAGGUCGAGUACGACCUUGAUUCUGCUGACCCGGCUGGGUUUGUCAUCAUCAAGCGAACGGUUCCCGAGUGGGAGCAGGAUCAUUUCUGGAAGCACACGAAGUAUAUUCGCGAGAAGCGUCUAAUUAUCGAAGAUAAGCGACACCACCAUCGCCACAAGAGCGACAUCGAGCUCGUUGUUCGCAAAAAGGAGCGCAAGAGGAGUAAGUCGCCUUCGCCGCUCAUGAUGUGGGUUGCAGGAGGUCGCCCAUGA